AUGGAGGAACGUGAACUCUCUUUGGUACCUGAAUGGUUGAGAAGUGCAGCAAAUGGUUCUGGUGUUGGAAAUAAAAAUCAUAAUCAGUCAUCUUCUGCUGGAUCAGAUUCUUCUUUGUCACAUAGCAUGAGUAGGAACCCUAGGACCAAAACCGAUGUUAAUUCAGUUCGGUCUCCUUUUCGCUAUCGGUCUUCUUCCACCAAUGGAUGGAGGAGGUUUAGUACUGGGUCUACCCAAAAUGCAUAUAGGAAUUUCUAUGUUCAAGGGAGGGGGAGAGGUAAAGAUUGGAGAAAGGAAAAAGAUAGGCUGACCUACAUAGACCCAUGGGACGAUGAAGAAAGGAAUCAAGAGCAGUUAAGACGGUCAAAUUCAAUGAAAACAAGGACACAAGACGACCACUUGGGUCAAGGGUUUACAAUGGGAUUCAUUAAAAAUGGAAGAAGCAUUUACAACAGAAAUCGUAUGCCUCCUGGAACUAGUCAUGCAACGAGCUCCAGGGAUUUUCCUUGUCUAAUUAAAACCGAAGAGAGGAAUGAAGGAGGCCCAGAAGUUGUAAGAAUCUCAUCUCCCGGUCUAAAUCUUGCUGUUCAGAAAUUGUCUGUUGGUGACUCAGGCUUGACUACUUGUGGGGAAGGUUGGUCACCGGCUCCAGAAAAUGUUCCCAAUGUUAUUGAGAAGGGUGGUUCUAACUUAACGGGACAGAACCCAAAAAUGGCUGAAGCGUUGUUGCUGGCUACUAGAACUGGUACACUUCCUCAGAUACAAAAACAUGAUGACCGAGCUCUUAAGCAAUCGAGGCAGCUAAUACCGGUUGUGCCUUCUUCUGAUAAAUCCAAGACCAAACCAAUGGUUCGAAGUGGUGCAAUUGAUCUUUCAUCUUUUAGAAAUACCCACAAGCAUUCCUUCGUGCUGUUAGGUAAUCUUCAUUCUAAUUAUGGUAGUCAGAUCAAGCCUGAUACUACUAAGAAGCUGGUAAUUCUCAAACCUGCGGUCAAAGAAUCUGGAAGUCCAAGUCGUAUAACCAACAGCCUGGCUGCUGGUUUACAGAUGAUCACUGCUCCAUCUGCGCCAUUCAUUACUUCUGUGACUCGAACUCAGAGCAGGAAUGCAUUUUACAGUGCUUUGAAGAAGAAGAAGAAGACAUCUACAAACAUCUCAACUAGCUCUUGCAUCUUCUCUUCUGUCGAGGAAAAAGCAGAUAUCUCUAAGGAGCUGGUAGCUAAUGACCCUUCUAGUGUGCAGGCUGCAGAAAGAAAUGGCAUCGUCAUGGAAAGGGUCGAGAGAGUUUCUGAAGCUGGAGAGAGGGAUAGUUGUUUUGAAUUGGCAGACCUUCCAGAUGAAAAAGAGGCUGAGUUCCUUAGGUCCCUUGGGUGGGACGAAAAUAAUUCUGAGGUCGAAGCCCUUACAGACGAGGAGAUCAGCGCUUUCUAUAAACAGCACAAGGAGUUGAAGCCAUCACUGAUGUCAAAGCUGCCUAUCAGUAAAGAGGCAACUGAGAACGCAACUCCCAACUCGUGA